AUGAAGCUAACCUUAUUAUUGCUGUUUAAAGUUGUAUGUAUUUUUGCUAUACAAAAUCAAUUAUCACCUUCAUUUCUCGAAAAAGAGACUUCAGAACUAUCCCCUUCAUCCCAAAAUCUGGAUUCCUGAAUCAGCUGAAAAGACCAGAAUUCAAGAUUUGAUGCAAAAUUUCAACCAUUGCCGAAUGUCUUUACCCCUGAAUCACCAAAUUAUAGUGAAGGAUUAAUAAUGCAAGCGUGGUGGGCAUUUCUUUCAUCAUUUAUCAUGCUAACGGCAUUGAUUGUGACUAUUAUUUUUCGACUAAAGCUAGGAUACUGUGGAGGAAAGCAGUUAAAAAAUGAGCAAUUUACAAAACAAUUAAAAUGGACCCCAGGUACUUUGAGUUUUAUAUUGAAAAAUUAUAAAUAUGUUUUCUAUUAAUACAGGUAUUUUAUGAUUAAUAUUAAAAUAUAGGAGUUUUCCAAUUUAUUUUUCAUAUUUAUUGAUAAAUUUCAAUAUAUUUCUUACCUUUUAUUCUUAAUUGGAGGAGUGACCCUCUUAUUUGCAAGCGGACAGAUUUCUAAUCAAGCCAACAGCGCAGUUAAAAUCACAAAUGCCCACUCAGAAGCUACCUACUCCACUUUAUCCCAAAUUAAAGAAGAAUUAAUAGAAAUUUCUAAUCAGUCCCAUGAAGAAGAUAGCAGUUUCGCUGACAUUCACUAUAAUUUGCUUGAAAAAUCUAUAGAAGAAGCAGAGAAAAUGCAAGAUAAAGCAGAUAAUUUUGAAGAUGAUGUAAAUAGUCUAGAUAAAACAAGGUUAAUUGCAAGUUUUAUCAUAUUUUGCGUUGGGUUUGUACUGUAUCUAAUAGGUUUCGUUGCUUUUGUAAUAAAAGAAGAAACUGUUGCCUUGGGUUUUGGGAUUUCUUUAUGAGUUAUGGCAGUCCUUACAACUUUGACGUACGUUCCAUAUAUAAUGGAAUUGACUGGGAGUAUUGAUUAUUGCGAGUCUAUUUCUGAAUGCUUAGAUGAUAGCUAUAUUCCUUUACUCCCUCCUCCGUAAGCGAAUAAUUUAUUUCCCGAAAUUUAAAAAAAUCCCUAUUCGCAAAACGGAAAGCAAUUUAAUUUGUAAAAUUUAUGAUUUAAAAUGCGAGCUGUUUAAAAUUAACAGAAUUAGGAAGAGAUUUCAUUAUAAAGAUUAUAACUUAUAUAUCAAAAUUUUUGUUCACUCACGGAGGAUGGGCUUUUACCCAAAAAAUAGGGAUUUUUUCAAUGGUUUUGUUCACUCACAGUGGGUGGGAAUUAGGAAAUUCAGGACUAAGCUAUUACUACUCAGACCUUUCAAAUGAAUCUAAACAUGAUUUAACAAAAAUCCAAGCAGAAAUAUCAUUAUCAAUUGACGCAGACUUGAAAUUAAUAAAUUCAAGAUUGUUUAAUUUAUAUCAGAUUAACCCAAUCACGAACUCUGAUAGUUUAAGAUCAAUGCAUGAGCUAUUAAAUAACGAUGCAAAGAUAUUACAAUUGUGGAAAAUUCUUAAGGUCCUUGAAAAUGCUAUGGACGAUCUUGUGUUUUUUAAUAGGAAUUAUCAUGUAUUGAAUUUCUGUAAAGAUGUGAAUACAAAGACAUGCAAUGAUAUCAUGCAAAAUACGAGAGUUGGAGUAAUUGCUUUGAGCAUUUUGGUUAUUGCUUUUAUUUUGGGAGCCUGGGGAGGGUUUUUAGCUCCCAGGGUAGUUAAUAGGUGAAGGCGUGAGGAGGAUGAAAAUGCUCUUGCCAAGCAUAAUUUAUAUGGAGCAUGGAAGUAA